GAGAAAACAUUCAUCCUCGAUUCAUAGACUUGUCCAGACACACGAGUAAAGAGCAACCUAUAACACUCGAAGAGUACAGCAUCAACUGCUGAUCAAGCAAAGAACACUCAGCUACAAGUAGAGCAUCUUCCCUCAAACAAACAAACCCCCAAAACAACCACCAAAAUGGUCGUCCGUAUUCCUGCCGCCGGUAUGACCGAGUACAUCUUCUUCGGCGCUGCCGGCGUCGGCACGCUCGCCCCGCUCGCCAUGGGCAUCCCCGGUGCCGAAGAGCGCGUGGCUCGGGCAACCGCCAAGUGGGCGCCCCGAUGGGAGCGCAACAUCAACUACUUUACGAACCACGUCCCCGUCGAGCGCGGCAUCCAGCGCAUCACACCUCCCGUUGAACGCGCCGUUCAUCGCGUCGAGCACGAAUUGCCUCUCGAAAAAGCGGCUGUUGCUACAGGCCAUGUCGCGGAGAAGAGCAUGAAGCCGUUGGAGAUGAUUAAGCAUAAUUGGACUAUGGAGUGAACUCUUUGUUGAUGUGAUAAGGGACAGAGUAAGGGCUGGACAAUGGAUUUGGACGGUUUGUAACACGGCAUAGCCGGAGUUUUUGGAAGGGCAGGUCGUUUUUGUACUGAAAUGUCAUGGAUUAUGGAUUAUGUGGUUAUGGAUCGGGAUCGGGACGGGAUCGGGAUGGGAUUGACGGAACGGCGAACAAUGUCUUGGUUUUCCUAGCAUGGAAAUAAUGACAACAAAGGUUACUGUCGGUGGUUUGACCAUGAUGCCAUUGUCCAAAGUGGCGAUUGCCACCUCUUGUUGAUGGCAACAGCAGUCAGUGGUCCAGUGGAGAGCGUUGAGUAACCAAUCGAUACAUAUAUCCUACCAAAACAUUAUAACCUUGAGUCGCUUCA